AAUCCAGUCCCAAGGGCUUGCUCUCCACACAAUAGCUCCAGGAGCCAGGCAAGAUGGCGGCGGAGCCGCAGGCGCCGACCAUAGAGAGGACCACCGCUGCGGAGAGAGCGGCGACCUGCAGAGCAAUCCACAUGCAAAGACUGUCUGUGACCCAGCUUCCAGCCCGCUAACAUGGAGAGGAAAAUGCCAUCCAGAGAGAGCCCUCGAAGACUCUCUGCCAAGCCAGGCCGAGGCACAGAGAAUAAAAGAGUCACUCGGCCGCUCGGUGUGGUGGCUGCCGACUCAGACAAGGACUCCGGCUUUUCAGAUGGGAGCUCAGAAUGCUUGAGCUCCGCAGAGCAGAUGGAGUCAGAGGACAUGCUGAGUGCCUUGGGCUGGAGCCGAGAGGACAGGCCGAGGCCAAGCUCCAAAGCUGCAAACAGUGCCUUCCCUGCACUGUCCCCCAUGGUGGUCAUGAAGAAUGUGCUGGUCAAGCAGGGCAGCAGUUCAUCCCAGCUGCAGUCCUGGACUGUCCGGCCCUCCUUUGAGCUGAUCUCAGCACAGCCCCAGCUCUUUGUCCUUCAUCCUCCGGUGCCGUCUCCCGUCAGCCCGUGCCAGACUGGUGAGAAAAAGUCAGACUCCAGAAACUACUUGCCCAUUCUAAACUCUUACACCAAAAUAGCCCCCCACCCAGGCAAAAGGAGCCUUUCCCUCAGCUCAGAAGAAAGAGGAGCAGGUGGGCUACCGAAGAAAAUCUGCACCGAGAGACUGGGGCCAGGCCUGUCUUCCAGCGAGCCAGCCAAGACUGGCCCUGUGCUUUCCAGUCCUUCCACCCCAGCCCCACCCAGCUCCAAACUCACCGAGGACUCGGCUCUGCAAGGAGUGCCCUCCCUGGGGGCUGGUGGGAGUCCACAGACCCUUCAGCCUGUGUCCAGCAGUCAUGUGGCUAAAGCUCCCAGUCUGACCUUUGCUUCGCCUGCCAGUCCUGUGUGUGCAUCGGACAGCACUCUGCAUGGCUUAGAGAGCAGCUCCCCGCUCUCGCCACUGUCGGCCAGUUACAGCUCACCGCUGUGGGCCGCCGAGCAGCUCUGCCGCAGCCCAGACAUCUGUGCGGAGCAGAGGCAGAGCAAGCACAGGCGCUUCCAGAACACCUUAGUGGUCCUCCACAAGUCCGGCUUGCUGGAAAUCACUUUGAAAACCAAGGAGCUGAUUCGUCAAAACCAAGCAACCCAGGUGGAGCUCGACCAGCUGAAGGAGCAAACCCGGAUGUUUAUAGAGGCCACCAGGAGCAGGGCACCUCAGGCGUGGGCCAAGUUGCAGGCAUCACUAACGUCUGGGUCCAGUACUUCAGGCAGUGACCUAGAUGCAUUGUCUGAUCACCCAGACAUAUAGCACAGAGGUGUUUCUCAUUUAUUUGAGUGGUUCUUUUAACUCUUUUGCUAUUACUACCUACACUUGGUUUCCACAGCCUGUUUAAGAGCUUUUCUUUCUAAACUCACUCACAAAGCUACGUGCCAGCUCCUGGCUGCCGUCUUAAUCUGUGGUUUAUGCACAGGUUAAGUGCAUUUAUGUUCCUCUGAGGACCUCCAGUUGGAGUAUCUGUGAGUCCCUUUUCCUUAGCCUGCAGGAAAGAUGACUGUGUGGGUCUCUUCCAGCUUCCCACUCACUAUCCAUGAUCCAAGGUACAGUGCUAUGGAUGAGUGUACACUUGUCAAACCAAGGAGUAGGUGACCUAAAGAUCCUUCUUGGCCCUCCCUCAAGUAUCUUAGUCACAGAGAAAAAUAAGAGACUGUGUUUGUCUUCUACCGGGCAUCAUGCCAGUUGGGCGAAACCUGAAAUGCUUUGGGCACAGGUUGUGCCUGGGUGCAAGCAUUUCAUCACGUCAGGCUUUGUGUCUUACACUUGAAAGUUAAAGGAGAAAGGGCAGAGCCAUCAGACUCACACUGAUCACACACCAGAUCUCACACAAGUGGGCAAAUACUUCAGAUUUUUAAAAUAUAGACUUGGGUUUAGUACCAUCUGGAAUUGUAGUUGAUGAAUUGCUUUUUUGAUUAAAGGGUCAGAGAAGCCAACAUUUUUUGUCACUAGCUGGAAAGUUUUGUUAAUUCAUGCUUGAAAUAGCACAACCUGUCUUAUAUCUAAAAAGCCUGAGACAGGACCGCAAGAUGGCUCAGUGAGUACGUGCUUGCUGCCAAGCCAGAUGACCUGAAUUCGAUCCCUGAACCCACACGGUGGAAGGAGAGAACAGACACUGUGGUUUGUCCAUCCUGUGCACACACGUACACACAUGCGCACACGCACACACGCACACACAUCCACACACACACACACACACAUGCACGAUACAUAAAUGAAUAUAAGAUUAAAAACAAGCCGGGGCAGUGGUGGCGCAUGCCUUUAAUCCCAGCACUCGGGAGGCAGAGCCAGGUGGAUCUCUGUGAGUUCGAGGCCAUCCUGGACUACCAAGUGAGUUCCAGGAAAGGUGCAAAGCUACACAGAGAAACCCUGUCUCGACAAACCAAAAAAAAAAAAAAAAAGAUUAAAAACAAGCCACCAUCAACAUUAACACAAUCAAAAGCUUGAGAUGGCUUUGGUGGGUCCUCAGAGUCUGGCCUAAGUUUCCUCUGCUGUCUCUUGUCUGUACCUCACCCAGCUGUUGUAGGAGGGAAGGGGACUGUGCUUAGAACUUUUGAAUUAAAGAAAACCCUGAGGUUAGAACAAGGCCACGGAGUCGGGAAGGAUCCUUCCCUGUUCACAUCUGAGUUCUCACCCAUCCCCUGUGGUGAUGGGGAGCCACUGUGGAGGUCCUGUGUCUUGUGUUAGAUGUGGCAGGAGAGCCGAGGUGUGGUGUCCCUCUCAGAGGCUGGACUUAGGACGGAGAAUGUGAGACACAUUCUUAUUAGCUUCCCUGUGCUGGUAACUAAAGUCUAAACAGUAAAGACUCAAAAGGAUUGUAUCCGCUUGUUUACAGUCUUCAUCCUCCUGAAAAGCUUUGUUUUUCACAAAUUAACUUGCUUUCAUGACCAGCAUCUUUCUGCAGAGAGAAUGUUCAUGGGGCUUUACUAGGUCCAGAGUUAGGGUCACAUUUGUUAGGGAGUUGGUUGUAAUUCUAACAUAGUUUAAAAAUUGUAAGACUCAGGUUGACCCUACUGUGUUCAUGAAGACAUAUGAUUUGGAUAUGACUGGUUGAAAAAAUAAUCAACUUGGUAAAAUCUCUCUACUCUCUGGUCAACACAGAAUUAUUACCUGCUGUUUGCUUUCUGAAAGAGUUCCCCAAAUCAGAGCCAGUGUCCCUGGGCAGACUCAGCUCCUUGUGAUAUGCUUUCCUGAAUCCGUGUGGUAGCGUAGCUGCUCCACUCUCACUCCACUAGGAAGCUUCCUUUUUUGGCACACUGUUUGGCAGGAAUGCUGUAGAGACAGGUGCAUUCAGAGCAGCCUGGGCACCAGCCACAAGUUUUACCGAACAUCAGAAGGCUGGAAGCACUUGCUGAGAACCAAAUGUACUCCAUUGGAAAAGCCCUCAGUGGAGCUGUAAGCCUCUUGGACUCUUCCUCCUAGAUACGGGUUUUCAUUUUCCUUCUUGUCCCCAUAAAAGAUGAUGAAAGCCACCAUAGAUCUUCGCUGCUGAGUGGCAGGGAGGGUUAGCACCCCCAGUCACUGCUCCUCCGUGAUCUUAGAGCCCUGGCUGCAAGUCCCUAGGCUGUUAGCACAGGGCUCUCUUCCUGGUGGAGCUGGAAGCAGAUGGACUCCAGCAGAGAAGCUAGAUCUUAGAAGGAGCGACCCUUUGAGGUCAGAGGCUAGACCAGCAUUUGGAGGAAGCCUGGAGUGGACCGGAAAGAUCUCCAUUGGUUGCCCAAAGCUGUAAGUAGCCAUGGCCUUAGUGGUGCAUGCUCUAAGUCCUUCUGAAGCAUUGUGCAGGGCUGUGAGAAGUUUAGCUCAGUCCAGCCCAUAGGAGAACCUUUGUCAGGUUGGAUUGGCGAUACUGGAACACAUUUGGAAAGGUUCCUGAUUGAAUUGGUUAUAGGAUUUAACGUUUGUAAUUUACUACACUGUUUUAUUGAUUAUAGUAUUGUCUGACUUCUUCUCUAGUAUGAUUCCUUCAGCACACACGUUACUCUUGCACAUAUAGUUAAGUGGUUUUUCAGCCACAACCUCUUUAGGUUAGAGACUAUUUACCAAAUGUGAAUUCUUUUAAGACAGUGUGAAGUUAUAUAGAAAUUGACUGUGAAAUGUCAGAGGAAAAAAAAUAAAAGUCACUUACUUGAAAAUUA